AAGGAUAAAGCUCCCGAGUUACCCUUUGAAGUCUCACAGGAAGCUAGGAGCCCAAACAAAAGGCCAGUGACACCACCUCUCACCUACAAAUAAGACUAUCCACAGACGUUUCCAUCACUUCACCAUGGAUCACAUCAGAGUUGGCAUCCUUGCUAUUUUUUUGCAGUGUUUUAUCACAAAGAGCGCAUUUUUCAUUCAGAAACAAGAAUGGAUCCAAACUUCUGCAGCAAGAUCAACAGAAGAAGAUGUGGUUUGCUUUCCUGAAUACAUGGAGAUGUGGAUGCACAGUGCAAGAAUCGAGGAGUUCAGGGUCUGGCUGUCGAGGGCGCUAAGUAUCCAAGCCAACCUUGCAUCUCUGGAUCACCUGAAUCUCCAGCUGUCUGUCUGUGGAUUCUCACUGCAAAACGACCCCGACGAUAACUACGUUUUUAGAGUCAGCUACACCGGGUGUUUUGUUCGGCAGCAGAAUGGCUUUAAUGUCUUAACAUUAAAUUUGGUGCGGAGGAUGAAUCGAUUUGGAAGCCAGCAUCACAGUUUCACGAUGAAGUGCCCUGUGAUGUCUGUGGUGCAAAGCAGAGAGCAAAUCCACUGUGAUCCUGAAUAUGUUCAGGUGAUCAGAGAAAUUCCCUAUGGAAACUGGGAUAAUGAGCUGCAGUGGUCGCUGUGUCUGGACGAUCACCUCCUUGUAGCUCUGGAGGAUGCCAGCUUGAUUCAGAUGAACAUUGAUGUGAAUGUAACAGACAUAAGAGUUCAGGGCAGGAGGAGGGAGAUCUUAAGGCCUGUCAACAUAAUGGAAAAUGAAGGGGAAUUUUUGGAUUUGAAGCUGGUCAGAGACAGAUAUGCCUACAGUAUGGAAGCAACUUGUCCAAAAGUGAACGCAUCCACGGCAGACAAGACUGUGCUGCACAUCCUCAAACGCCGAAUGGGUUUGACCAGAAGAGGCACCUAUCACAAUGAAGCACUGACACUCAGUGACCUGUCAGUUAUCCAGACAGUUACUUUCACAGUGCAUGAGACGAGUGAAUUUGUAACUCUGUCCAUUCCCACAGCCCAAAUACUCCAGACAAAGCCCUGCACAGAUGACAACCGGCUCCUGCAGCCGUUCUACAGGGUGGAUGCUGUGCUCACCUUCAGAGAGACAAAUCACAAAAUGCACUGGACCAUGGAGAGCACGCUGCCAUGCAUAGGAUAAAGAUGAGAGUGACACUGGAGCCAAUCUGGAAAUCAGAUGGCAGUAGAGUGAG